AUGACCAAUCUCUCGGAAAACGUGAAACCGAUGCUGCGCCUUUUCUUCAUUGUUGCAUACAUCUAUUUCCUCUUCAUGGGGCAUUUAACCUCAAGAAUUAUUUCAUCAAUGCCGUGGCUGCGCUAUCAAUACUAUAACAUCCAUCGCUACGUGGCCAUUCGGGCUACAAAGCCGACAAUCGGAGAUGAACAUACCGCGGAGCCCAAGAAAGUUCAAUGA